AGCAGGGUAGUUGGGUGAGCAAAAACGAAGAACCAACCCCCUCCCCCCUCCGCUCCCGUCCCCCUCCCUUUCCCUCAGCGUAGGUUAUAAACAUAUAAAAAUACAUAAUCAAGCGUUCAGUGUGGUACGAUCGGUUCGCCCGAGUGGACGCAAAGCCUCGCAGUGUCUCUUGCGGAGUGCAGUGAUUGCAUGUGUGUGUGUGUGCGCAUGUGGAGAGCAGAGUAACUAAACUAAGCAACAACAAAAAAACAUAAAAAUCUCGCGCGUGAAAAGUGAGCGUGUGUGUGAGCGCCCUCCACCCCAGGCCUUUAAGCCAAAUUAGCCUUGUAACGUUGCGAUCGUUUUACCCGCGCGCGUCAGAAUGCAGCCUGCAGGUCUGGCAGUACUGCUGGUGGCGGUGUGGUGCCACGCCGUGCCUGCCAUCGCCGACGUCCAGCCCGAGCAGCGCAACUUUGAGCCGAGCACCGAUCCGGCCCUGUUCGCGUUCGACCGUGGUGCCGGCGACGGUGGCCUGUACACGUUCGACAACCUGUCGAUCGCGCAGGACCCGCGCGCUUACCGCCCGGACGUCGGUGCGCUCGACUUCGUGUACCACAACCAUGACGAGAUGACGCGCUACCUGCGAGCGACGACCGCCCGCUACCCGAACCUGACCGCCCUGUACUCAAUCGGCAAAUCGGCCCAGGGCCGGGACCUGUGGGUGCUGGUCGUGUCGGCCUCCCCGUACGAGCACAUGCUCGGCAAGCCGGACGUCAAGUACAUUGGCAACAUCCACGGCAACGAGGCGGUCGGGCGGGAGCUGCUCCUACAUAUGAUCCAGUAUCUGGUGACGAGCUACGGGUCCGAUCCGUACAUCAAGUGGCUGCUGGACAACACGCGCAUCCACAUACUGCCCUCGCUCAACCCGGACGGGUACGCGGCAUCGAAGGAGGGCACCUGCGACGGUGGCCAGGGGCGGUACAAUUCGCGCGGCUUCGAUCUGAACCGCAACUUCCCGGACUAUUUCAAGCAGAACAACAAGCGGUCCCAGCCGGAAACGGAAGCGGUCAAGGACUGGAUCUCGAAGAUACAGUUCGUGCUGAGCGGGUCGCUGCACGGUGGCGCACUGGUGGUGAGCUACCCGUACGACAACACGCCGAAUGCUAAAAUCUGUCGGUCAUCGUCAACCUGUGCCGUCUUCCACAGCUACCUGUCGCAACCGUCGUUGACACCGGACGACGACGUGUUCAAGCAUCUGUCGCUAAUAUACGCGAACAACCACGGUAAGAUGUCGCGCGGCGUCGCCUGCAAAACUGCGUCGCCCUCGUUCGAGAACGGCAUCACGAACGGGGCGGCCUGGUACCCGCUGACCGGCGGCAUGCAGGACUUCAACUACGUCUGGCACGGCUGCAUGGAGGUGACGCUCGAGGUGUCCUGCUGCAAGUUUCCGCCCGCGUACGAGCUGCGCAAGUACUGGGACGACAACCAGAUGUCGAUGAUCAAGUUCCUGGCGGAGGCGCACCGGGGCGUCCAGGGCUUCAUCAUGGACCCGACCGGCAAUCCGGUCGAGCGGGCGCAGCUCAAGAUUAAGGGGCGCGACAUCGGCUUCACUACCACCAAGUACGGCGAGUUCUGGCGCAUCCUGCUGCCCGGCGUCUACAAGCUGGAGGUGUACGCGGACGGGUUCGUGCCGAAGGAUGUGGACUUCAUGAUCGUCGAGCAGCAUCCGACGCUGCUGAACGUGACGCUACAGCCGGCCAAGCGUACAGUGCACCUUGCCCUUGCCAAACAACGCGCUGCCAACACUAACAAACGACCUCGAAUGAAUAAUGCGCGUACUAAGGUGGCGACGACCACCGCCACCAGUACUAUUAUCCCUACUGCUACUACUACUAACACCGAUACCACCGCUUCACCUACCACUACUAACACUAGCCCUACCGUUGCUACCACUACUACUACCGCUGGCACUACUACUGGCUCUUUUUCUUCCACCGUAAAGGAAGCCGCGGAAUACAGCGCCAGUCAGCUGCCCGGUGCGUCUUACGACCGGCCGCUAACGCCAACCACACCCAUUGCCAACCGUGAGCCCGCCCGACCGAAUGCGGCAAACCAGGAUCGGCUCAUUUUUACCUCCUGAGCGCAGCACGCGAAGCGAUUGAGCGAUCGAUUUGUUUUGUACAUAGAAUAGAAGUUUCCUCCGCUUACCAUCCUCCGCCAAUCUAAUCUAAGUUAGUCGUACGGAGGCAGUUACGCAAAAGGCAGUCAAACGACGGUUCAAGAUGGCGGCCAGUCCAGAUCAGGCUAACUGCUAAUGGGCACGCGUGCUCUGACGGAAGGCGGUGGCUACUUAAACCUCUUACCGAUUGGGGAUAAGCGUGAAGGCUUGUGCAAUACUUUUAUCUUUCUUGUUUUUUUAUCCUUUAAUGAAUUUAACGUCUGGUGUUUUCUUCACUUUCCACUUACUGGUUAAAUCUGGGACACUAAAACCACACUCGUUCGUUCCUGUUGAAGUUUGCAAAGCUGCUCAACGGUUCUUCAGCCACGUGGCGAGUGAUCGUGUCGGGACUGCUCGUCGUGUUGUGAAGCGUGAACAUGUACAUACGGUUACGAUAAGAGGAAUAUGGCGUAUAUGUAUCUGUGGAGGUGUUCCGGGAUGACCUAAUCGCACUUUCUCUACUUCCCAUAAACUGUUCAACACUUCGGA